GUGUCAGCGAGUCUGCUUAAUUCUCUGCGGUAAGAACUCAUCCAUUAUGUGGAGCUCUCUGUGAAGAUGCAUUCGUCUGGACUUUUACUUUAAUUUUCACAAAUGUCUCGACCACUGUCUGUCGGUGCAGCAGGCUGCAGUGCAUCGCUAACAGUCCUGGACAAAAACAAGUAGAGCUACACCUCCUGUGUAAAGUUGGGUCAGGAGAUGAGGGUGUGAAGCGGCAUCUAGUGGCUUGUUUACGGCUAGCAUCUUCCUCAAAGUUACACCUAUCUUUUUGUGUGAAUGAAGGCCUAAACUAUAGUCAAACCGGGCUACUUUAGUGUACAUUAAAACUUUAUGUUCAGCUGUUUUAAUUUUUUUCACUCCUGAUAAACAACUAGAAAUGACAGCCUGUGUUUGGAGUUUAUAUUUUUAGCGGAGUAAAACAUGAAGGCUGCCGCCGGCGGCGCUGCAGAUCCUCCAUCAUCGUCAACAUCAUCGACAGACAAUAGCGCAGGGAGGAGGAGGAGGCACCACCGGGCUCCCUCGCCGGCUACAGCCCAGGAAGGGGCAACCAAGCGAGCUCCAAGACCCCCAGGCAGGUCCAGAUCCCCUCUUCCCGCAGGAAGGAGCAGGAACACUGGGGCGAGGGAGUGUCUGAGGUCCGCUGACGGAGGGGAGAGAGAGCCCCAGAGCCGCGGCGGGGCAGCUGUUCACCCGGAUGGUGCUGAAGCUGAUCUAGUCGGACCAAACAGGGCGGAUGCUGUCGGGGAAGAUCCGACAGAUUUAUCAGCAUCGGCCCGUCGCUCUGCUUUACGCUUGCCUUGCCUUAAAGGCGACUCCUCCCAGCGUCUGUUGCCCGGCAGAGGCUCCUUCUCCGUAGCGGAGAAAGCGAAGAAACCCGGAGAGGAAGGCGGCCGCAGGGAGAGAAGCGGCGCGUCAGCGGGCUGCGGCGCGGGCCUCGGUUUGGGUCUGUGGAGAGGAGGAUGCUUACAGGCUGAACUCAUCCAGUUCCACCUGCAGAAGAGACUGAGAAGAAGCGGGGCGAAGAUGCAAACCAAGACUGGCGACAUGGAUGCGGAGGAGGCCGCUGUGGGAGAGCCGGAGCCGGCUGCAGAGGCGACAGAGGCGGGGUCCGUGACACAGCAGGACCAGGCCUAUGAAGACGAGAUGGAGAGACUGCUCGAGGAAAAUGAAGAUCUGAAGUGUGAAAUUGAGGAGAUGAGGACCGAGAUGGACGAGAUGCGGGACACAUUCUACGAAGAAGACACGUGUCAGCUGCAGGAGAUGAGACGUGAGCUGGAGAGGGCCAAUAAAAACUGCCGGAUCCUGCAGUACCGUCUGAGGAAGGCUGAGAGGAAGAGACUGCGUUACGCCCAGACAGGAGAGAUCGAUGAGGAGCUGCUGAGGAGUCUGGAGCAGGACCUGAAGGUCGCGAAAGACGUGUCUGUGAGGCUGCACCAUGAGCUCGAAAAGGUGGAGGAGAAGCGCACAAAGACGGAGGAGGAGAAUGAAAAACUGAGACAGAAACUCAUAGAAGUGGAAGUGACCAAACAAGCCCUGCAGAAUGAACUAGACAAAACCAAAGAGUCUCAAAAGAGAAGAGGAAGCAAGGACGUCCCGAAAACAGGAAAAUCUGCACAGACUCCUACAGAGGAGGACAAUGAGGACCUAAAGUGCCAGCUGGCUUUCAUCAAAGAGGAAGCAGUGCUUAUGAGAAAGAAGACAGCCAAGAUUGACAAAGAGAAGGACCGUCUGGAGCAAGAGCUGCAGAAGUACCGUUCCUUCUAUGGUGAACUGGACAGCACCCAUCCUAAAGGAGAGGCUGGGGGUCCGCCCACCACACGCGAAUCUGAGCUGAAGCUUCGACUCCGCCUGGUGGAGGAGGAGGCCAACAUCCUGGGGAGGAAAAUAGUGGAGCUGGAGGUUGAGAACCGUGGGCUGAGGGCGGAGCUGGAUGACCUCCGUGGUGAAGGCGAGGGUGCUGGAGGCUCCGGUUGUGGGGCCAUGGGUGGGUCCGGCUCAGGGCGAGGCCUUGGUGAUGAUCUGACGGAGCUCCGGCAGCAGCUGCAGCUGGUGGAGGACGAGGCAGAGCUGCUGAGGAGGAACCUCGCUGAUGCAGAAGAUCAAAACAAGAGAGUGACUGCUGAGCUGAACAAGUUACGGUUCAAAGCCGGCACCCACGAGGGCGGAGCCAGGCAUGGGGGAGGAUCGGGCGGAGGAGGAGGUGGAGGGAUUGAUGGAGCAAAGGCAGAAGCCCUGCAGGAGGAGUUAAAGGCAGCAAGGCUACAGAUCAAUGACCUGAGUGGAAAGGUGAUGCAGCUGCAGUACGAGAACCGUGUCCUCCUCUCCAACAUGCAGCGCUAUGACCUGGCCUCCCAUCUCUCCCUGCGGCCCAGCCCACGGGACAGCGACGCAGAGAGCGAUGCCGGCGGUGCCACAAGUGGUCGCCGCGAGAGUGACGAGGACUCCACCUCCUCCCGUCUCCUCCCACCACACCGCAAACGCGAGGGCCCUGUCGGAGGGGAGAGCGACUCAGAUGAGGUCAGAAACAAUAACGGGAGCAGCCGCUGCCUGACGCCCACACGGGGCCUCUACACCCCCACUGGACCCGAGGGCGCCGCCUCCUCCGCCUUGGCCCGCUUCCUGCCUGGUGGCCGCUGCAGCCUGCGCGAAAGGCAGCAAAUGACUGACAUCCGCAUGGAGGCGGAGAGGCUCGUCCGGACCAUGGACCGGCUCAUCGCUGACACGGCCACCAUCAUCUCAGAGGCAAGGGUCUUUGUUUCAAACGGCGACCUGAUGUUCGGGAGAGGAGGAGAGGAGGGCGGAGAGGAGGAAGGGGGCAGGAUCAGGGAACAUGAGCUGCUGUAUCGCAUUAACGCUCAGAUGAAGGCCUUCCGGAAAGAACUGCAGAGUUUCAUAGACAGACUUGAAGUACCGAGGCUUGAGGACAGGGAGGCGGAGGAGCCGCUGUCGAUGUUCCAGCCGAUCAUUCUGCUCAUCCUCAUCCUUGUGUUAUUCUCCUCCCUCUCUUACGCCACCAUCUUCAAACUAGUCUUUCUUUUUACUCUUUUCUUUGUUCUGUGAUGUACGCCUCCCUUAAGUCACAUCAUCCCUUGUUUGUUUUUUGCUCUGUUGUUUUUCUUUCCUCCCCGCAUCAUUUGUUGCCAAGGUAACCAAAAGCACAGGAAAAGCUCAGCACUUGCCAAGGCUGCAGACACUUUCAAGAGAGUGUGGCUAGAUUCAACACUGGAGUCCACAUUAUCCAUAACACAUCUCUGCACGUAUCUGCCCCCCCGAGAAGGUGAGUUACAGUGUGUACCUGUGAAAGAUUAUCACUUCUUGGUAACACAGGAGCUGAUAAUAUCCCAGCUCUAUAACAAGUUACUGUUGUCCUGUCUAUGUCAAAGAUCUGAUCCUUGUAUUGCAGCAGAGUGAAAAAAAGAAAGAAAAAGAAAAUGCUGAAAAAGAAAGAAACAAAUAGAAUCCAGGUGGCAAGAUUGUUCCAUUUCCUUGAGCACUUAAAGGACCUCCAGUCAUGUAGGCUUUAGACAGAUGAGAUCUGUUUAAAGGGAAUAUUUUGACAUUUGAAGAAAUAGAAUAAUUCACUUUGUUGCUGAGACUAAAAUGACAAGAAGCAAGUGGUUAGCUUAGCUUAGCACAAACACUGGAAGCAGAGGGAAACAGCCAGUCUGGCUUUCAGCACUUUAUUUUGUAACACACUUUAUUAAAUGUGCAACGGUCAAUCUCAGGUCACUUCAGUUAUUUUUAUGCUUUUUAAGUGGAAGGACUGAGUUUUUACCACAUUAGCAAAUACAAUAAAAUGUAGCCACAUGACAUCAAUGCUAAUAGCAUAAGAACACUAAGCACUUUAAAUUAGUUUACCAAAACUAUUAA